AAAUAAAUGAAAUCACUAAGCAAACCCUAACCUAAAGACAGACAGAGGUCAUAGAGAGCAACGUCGCUUGUUGAGGCUCAUCCAAGCCAAGUAGCCAACGCCGCUCGUCGUUGCUCAUUGGAUUGGAGGACGGAGAUCGCCAGUGCCAGAUCGGCAGAUCGCUCGCCCACCGGCUCAUCCGCUCGUGCCCAGUCCAGUUCAGGCCUCCCGCCUCCCUGCUCGCUGCUCGGAUGCUGCCGCUGCUCCGGUGCUCCCUCCGACCCUCCCUCAAGUUAUCAACAGAGAGAAAAGAAGCAAAGACACUUAAAACUGUGAGAGAAAAAGAACUUGAUAUGGUGAACCUUGUGGCUGCACUGAGGCCCACGUUGCAUGGGCUAAUGAAGAUGGCAGGUGUGCAACCCUACAUAGUGGAGAUCGAACCAGGCACGGUCAUGAACUUCUGGGUCCCCCUAGAGACCCUGAAGAAGAAACCCACUAAAAAGGGUUACAAGCCCGUGGUGGUCCUAGUCCACGGCUUCUUCUCUGACGGCAUAAUGACUUGGCUAUUCCAGGUUGUUGCUCUAACCAAACAAUACUCAGUUUAUAUACCGGACCUCCUCUUCUUCGGUGGCUCUAUCACCGACAAAACCGACAGGUCACCGAGUUUCCAAGCGGAGUGUUUGGUUGCGGGGUUAAGGAAGCUCGGGGUGGAGAGGUGCACUGUGGUUGGGUUUAGCUAUGGUGGGACGGUAGCGUUUAAAAUGGCUGAGCUGCAUGCAGAUUUGGUUGAGGCCGUGGUGGUGUCCGGUUCGGUCAUAGAGCUGACUGACUCCACCAAUGAAACAAUGCUGCAAAACCUUGGGUAUUCUUCUGUUUCGGAUAUGUUGUUGCCUACUUCCGUUAAGGGUUUGAAAGCUCUUCUCUCUGUUGGUGCUCAGAAAAAGUUGUGGUUCCCAGAUCGCCUUCACAAAGACUUCCUUGAGGUGAUGUUCACCAACAGGAAGGGGAGAGGUGAACUCCUAGAAGGCUUAGUCAUUAGCAACAAGGAUACCAAGGUUCCCAAUUUUCCACAGAAGAUACAUCUCUUAUGGGGUAAGAAUGAUCAGAUUUUCAACCUGAAGCUUGCCCAAAACAUGAAAGGGCAACUUGGAGAAAAUGCAUCAUUUCAAGGCAUACCUAAGGCUGGUCACUUGGUUCACCUCGAACGGCCUUGCGUUUACAAUAGGUGUUUGAAGCAAUUCCUUGCCUCCUUGCACGCAAAUAAAGCCCAAAAAUGAUAAUACCAAUAGUAAGUAGACAUUAUUUGUACUCUGUGCCAAGGUCAGUGUUAAAGUUCAAUGAAGAACGAUAUAGUUUUAAGUGUUUAACAUUUCAAUAGGUGAAGCUAAGAUUGUUUCAAGAUUUGAAUAAAUUUUGCUUUCAUUUACUUUUA